AAUCUGCCUAGUUUGCAGGAUUUACGACCACAAUCACACAUCAGAAUCACGUCAGAUGAUCUGUGUUUGGUUAAUAUUUAACUCCAGAUAACACAGGGUGCAGUUUCAGUGAAACAGAUCCGUGUUGAUGUUUACAUGCGCUUGAUGUUUAAACCAGAAGCUCUUUACAGUGUUUUUUUUUUAUUUGUUGGCACGAGAACUUGCAGUCGGCUGUUUUAAGAAGGUCUAAUAAACGUUUAACGUGAGGAGGAAGCAGUUCUGCUUUUCUAAUUCUCAAGGGACGCACUGUGUGUGUGUGUGACCUGGCUCCCGUCUCCUUCAUGCCCGUGUGUGUGGGCAGUGGAGUGAAGCGCUCGAGGCUCCUGGCAUGGGCAGCGUAGGGAGCGGGGCCUCCAGUCAACGGCCCAUCACCAUGCGUAGCGUUGGCACCCGUACCACCCCGAACGGCCCGCUGGCACCGGCCCCCGCCCCCGCCCCCGCCUCGACCCGCCGGCGCCUGGACGACCGAAGCUUCAGCGCCGACCGAAUCCCCGGCCCGAACACCAAGACCAAAGGCGUCUGCGCCGACGAGAGGGAUUACGCUCGCAACGCUAAUCGGCAGCACACGGUCAACGGCGAGAGGCUCGUGACCAACGCGGUGUUCGCUAACGGGGCGCGCCGAGACGGGCACCGGCGCGGGGAGAGUCUGGAUCUGUGCGGGAACAACGUCGUGUUGAACAACGACAGGAAUCAUCAAGCUCCAGCGCUGCACAAGGACAAGAGCAAAAGCAAACCUGAUAAUCACAAUCCUCCCAACAUACUGCCCGUCUCUGGGAAACUCGAGCACGCACAGACCAAUGACUCUCUGGUGCGUCCGUCGGCCUUCAAACCCGUGGUGCCGAAGAGCUUUCACUCCAUGCAGAACCUGGUGUGUCCCCUCCAGACGGGCUCCGGCUCGGCUCCGGGUCCGAGUGGUGUCGGCGCCGGCGGGUCCGAAGCGGGUCCGAACCAGGACAGUCCCGGCAGCCGAGGAACACACAUGGGCCCGGGCCUCUCGGACUCGGGGAGGAACUCUCUCACGAGCCUUCCCACGUACACCGGGUCCGGUUACGGUCCGGCUCCGGCUCUCGGGCCCCUCAGCGCCUCCACCAGCCACAUCAACCGGCUUGGCACCGGCGUCCCGGAUAAACCGGGCUUCCAGAACGGGCUCAGCGCGUCGGACAGCGGGCGCUCGUCCUCGGGGAAGAGCUCGUCCUCGUACCAGCGCCUCAGUCACAUGAGCGACGGCCCCGGACCCCUGAGGCCCUCCCCGAACUCAGACGACGUCAUCCAGGACCUCGAGGACCGGCUGUGGGAGCGAGAGCAAGAAGUGAGUGAGGUGAUACACAUGCGGCGUAACCUGGACCAGAGCGAGGCGGCCAUCGCCCAGGUGUUUGAGGAGAAGCAGCGCGUGUGGGAACGAGAGAUGGAGGACCUGAGGCAGAACUACGCCGGCCGGCUGCAACAGGUGACCCGACGGGCCCAGCGUUCCCAGCAUGCACUGCAGGCCCAGAUCGGGCGUCUCCAGCAGGACAAGCGCCGGCUCCAGGACGAGAUGACGCUCCUGCUCGCUCAGAGAGAAGAACUGGAGAAGAAGUGCUUGGACUUCAGGAAGGAACAGGCCGAUAUUCUGCCCAGACUCGAGGAGACCAAGUGGGAGGUGUGUCAGAAGGCGGGUGAGAUCUCUCUGCUGAAGCAGCAGCUUCGGGAGAGUCAGGCCGAGGUGACGCAGCGCGCCGGAGAGAUGGUGGCCCUGCGGGGUCAGAUGAAGGAGCUCAACGCCCAGCUGAGAGAGCGAGAGGAGAACGAGAUCAGCCUCAAGGAGUCCUUCUGCACCAAGACCCUGGAGCUGGAGCGCUGCGAGGCCGAGCUGCAGACCAUGCUGGCCGAGGUCACGGUGCUGCGGGACAAGCUGAGCGCGUUUGAGUCGGAGGUCACGCGUCUGAAGAAGGCCCUCGGUGACCUCGGCAGCAGCUCCAGUCGUCCCAGCGAUCCCAGUCUGUCCGAUAUGGGGCAACUGGUGGCGUCCCGUAGCCGAGAGCAUCUCAUGUCCCCUUCGGAUCCGCCAACGUCACUCCCGGCGCUCCCGGCUCCCGAUCGGCUCCUCAGCGACGACUCCAAGGUCCAGUGGGCGGAGUCAGGUGACCUUCGCCGCCAGCUAGAGCGACUGCAGGGCGAGCUACGCCUCGAGCGGCAGCAGCGCGAGCGACAAGCGCUAACAUUCGCACAGGAACGCCAAACCUGGCAUGACGAGAAAGAGCGCGUGCUGAAGUACCAAGCGCAGUUGCAGCUAAGCUACGUGGAGAUGCUACAGAAGAACCAGGCGCUUGAGGAGCGCGUGGACAAGCUAGGAGCCAAAAUGGCCGCUCCGGCUCUGGCUUUACCAGAGGCGCCAGUUUCCGUGUCAAUAUCGCUGACGUCUCCGACCCCGCCGGUGGAAGAGAAGAAGAAGACGCCGGAGAUGCAGCAACUCGCCCCGCCGUGGCCCGUUCCGACCCGACUGGAGAGGAUCGAGUCCACCGAGAUCUGACUAAAACCAAGAUUACAAUAGCAUUCAGUACAAUCCGAAAACGAAACCGCUUCCGAGGACUGUCCAAGGAUGCCCUGCUUGUCUAGGGCGGGUGUUUGGGUUGGGUAUGAGCCUUAGCCUUAGCUUUAUCGGCUUGUCAAGGGCUGGUUAGUAGUGCAGAUGAGCUGGCCGCUAGUCAGCCGCGAGAGGAAACGUAGCACUCAGGGGUUUAAGGGCGUAAGCUAUUCAGACUGGGUUCAGGAUCUCACAGAAUAUAAGAAGAAUAUCCUCGUUAGCAGCAUUCAAAACAAUCAAAACACACCGUCACCGUUUUCGGACCAAAUCUUAGAGCCAGUCUUGAGUGUUUAUGCCGUUUGUUUAUUGCACUGGAAGGCCAGAAACAUACUCUACACAAGUGCGCAGAUGUGCAUUACUACUGAGUGUUCGGAAGUUUGGGGUCUCUUCUGUGAUCAAAAAUGCAGAAAACAUUAUUGUUGCAAAUGUGAAUAUAUAGUAAAGUGUAAUUUAUUCCUGUGAUCAUCAUCAUUACUCCAGUCUUCAGUGUCACAUGACCCUUCAGAAAUCAUGAUUAGAAACAUUUAUGAUUAUUAUUAUUUUUGUAGAAUCCGUGAUACUUUGUUGCAGAGAUUUGUCUCUUUUGAUCAAUUGAAUGCAUCCUCGGCGAAUAAAUAAAAGUAUAAAUGUCAAGCUAAUUGUACUGACCCCAAACUUUUGAAUGCUUGUGUAGCGAGAUAUACAUAACUAACAUGCUGAGAAGGCGUCGAGCGUUGCGUUACACUGCAAAAAAUGCUUUUUGUCUUGUUUCUUAAAUCAAGAUGCAUUUAUUAGAUGAGCAAUGCUAUAAGAUAUUAUGUCUUGUUUUCAGGGGAAAUAAAUCAAAUUAAGAGAGUUGUUGCUUAACACGAAAAAUUAUCAGACAA